AUGUGUCGUCCUUUUUUCCAGCUACUUCACAAGUGGAAGGAUUUUCGAUGGACUAAGGAGUGCAUAAUAGAUUUUGAAGACCUCAAACAAUAUUUGUCCAAUCCUCCUAUACCCUACAGGCCUGAGAAAGAGGAAGUGUUGUAUGCAUACUUGGUAGUCACGAACUAUGCUAUUAGCCUAGUCUUGGCCAGAAACAAGGACAGAAUUCAGAGGUCCAUCUAUUACAUAAGUAAAUCUUUACAGGAGGUUGAGACACGCUGUCUACUUUUGGAGAAGGUGGUGUUAGUUAUAGUGUAUGCCACUAGGAAGCUUCCUCAUUACUUUCAUGCCCACAUCAUUGUAGUGCUCACCCAGUUCCCUUUGCAAGCUCUUUUGAGGAAAUCAGAUUAUACUAGCAGGAUUGCUAAUUGGGAAACUAGGCUGGGAGCCUAUGAUGUCAAGUACACGCCUCUGACUGCCGUAAAAGGACAGAUCCUGGCAAACUUUGUGGCAGAGUUCAUUAAGGGUACCUCUGAGAAGGAGGAAGCGGUUAUGGGGAUAUUGGUCAUGUCAGCCAUUGCUGUUCCCCAGUGGGAGGUUUAUACAGAUGGAGCAUCUAACCAAAAGGAAGCGGGAAUAUGGAUUGUGUUGAUAACUCCCGAGAAGCUGAUAAUGGAGAAAUCGUUGAGAUUAGGUUUCCUAGCCACCAAUAAUGAGGCCAAGUACAAGGCCCUACUAGCAGGAGUAGCUAUGGUCAGGCAGUUGGGAGGAGAAGUGUUUGAGUUGUACUCUAAUUCUAGACUGGUCGUGGGUCAAGUCAAUGGAGACUUUGAAGCUCGGGAUGAGAGGAUGCAAGGGUACCUUGCUAAGGUGCAGAAUGCCCGUGCUCAAUUUAAGGGUUUUGUAUUGAAGCAAAUCCCUAGGGGACAGAACUCUCAUGCAAAUUAUCUAGCAAUUAUGGCCACUUCCUUAAGGUCAAAUCUUCCUCAGGUUAUUGUUGUUGAAGACAUAGAUAACUCAAGUCUCAUAAAGUGGGGUUUGGAUAUAAUGGGACCAUUUCCUCGAGCUAUAGGGAACCAAAGAUGGCUCCUCAUCGGCACGAACUACUUUACCAAAUGGGCAGAAGCUAAGCCACUUGUUAAUAUCCGAGAUGUGGAUGCUAAAAAGUUCAUUUGGAGGAACAUUGUCACAAGAUUUGGAGUUCCUCACACACUAAUCUCGGAUAAUGGUCUUCAAUUUGACAGCAAAAUCUUCUGA